CUAUCUAUGAUAUAGUUUAUGAUUCAAGAAAGCAUGGUUGGAGUUCUUCUAUUGACGAAGGGAAGAGGACGGUCUGACUUUUCAGAGAUACCUGACUUAGUGGACUGGUCAUAGCGGAAGGUCAGAGGUGGGAAACAAGGAAACAGAGGAAAUGCUUACUGGGACAUAGCCUUCGGUACGAGUUGAAGGGAAGAGGAUUGCUUGUGUUAUGAAUGGGCUAUCGAACUUGUUUUGACAUAUUAUCAUAUAGAAAGAGGAUUGAGAAAUUGAGUUUUUAGACAGAAUGAAUCAACUCACUCAUUUUUCCUUGGAAUUCAUCAUCAUUUUUUGAUAUCUAUGUUCGAAAAAGGGAAGAUAGCCAGCCCUGUUGAGAAAUGCAAGGCUGACAGAUGUCCCACUGUGCCAUGACACAACGGAUAGCGGACGGAAGCGAGGAAGGGGGAAGUACACCCCACCGACCGCAUGCCGAAAAUGCAUUUAUCCUUUGAAUUACUCAUUGAAUGGAAUUUCGCACCGGAAACUUUUCUAGGAGAAGUUCGAAUCCGUUCCGUUCGGAUAUUGAUCGGUCUUGGUUUGACAUGGUUUACGCGUUACUGGUUCCCGGAAGAGUCAAUUUCUCCAUUAGCUAAACCCUUUCUUACCCUACCUUUGGACUCGUAUUUUGUUCGUACACAAUCAACGGAGCCCCCCCCCCCGACAUAUGUUGCAACGUCUUCAAUAGCAUGCUCUUACUUCGUCUUUCCCUUAAUAAGUCAUCAAAUUUGGUGCUUUUCGAUCCCCAGUUGCUAUGGGGAACAAAGGCAGAAAUACAAUAGAUUCCUCCAUUUAAGUGGUUCUCGCUUCUCCUUGUUCCUGUUCCUAACUCCUCCCCGGGUAGUUCCCAAUGUUUGGCACUUUCCAUACUUCGUGGGUGCAACAUCAACAAAUUCGCUCAUGAUCAAGUUACAACCUAAGAUCUAUGACUAUAUUAUGUUAACUGUUCGUAUUUUGUUCAUUCCAUCGGUAUGCUCCCAGGUACCUGUAAUUGUGAUCUGUUUGCCAGAACCAAGGGGUCUUUCUGUGGAAACCUUCACGAGCAAUCGUCGUUUUUUGAUGGUUUUUCCGCUUAUCACAGCAGCUCUUUCCACACCUCCGGAUAUCUGGUGCCAAAUCGUCGCCCCUUUCCUUAUAUAUUCGAUAAUCGAGUUUGCUAUCUUUGUGGCAUUGAUUGUACAAGUUCGUGAAGAGGGCUGGACGAGUAGAAUGAGGGAAAGCGGCUCGAUCGAGAAAAAAGAGGAGUAGACUAGCCCCCCUAGAACUGAAAAAAGUCACUAUCAAUGAAUUCCCGAGCAAUUCUAAACCAACAUAUGCGAUUCAUUCCCGUAAUGAUUAUAACAAACAGCAGACUCCUUGCCUUAUUUUCGGGAUGAGUGAUACAUCCGGCGAGCGCCGGUGAAGAACGCAAGCAAAGCUGGAGCUCGGGCAUUGAACUAUUCCAUCAAGCAAGAGAAAGGAGGCAAACAGGGUUGAAGGCCUGGGGAGCGAACCGAAAGCUCAGCUUUGCGGACUCUUCCUUUAUUUAGUAUAGGCAAGUCAGUACCCUCAAGUAAACUCCCUCUCCCCAUACCGAUCGAGUACUAAAGCUCUAUCCUAUUUCUGUUCGAUCAAAGCGAAAUAGUGGCUUGGCUGUCCGACGCUUGAUUCUCCAGGUUCGGUUUAUCCACGCUUUGUUUUUAGAUAUUGGUGCUCAAUGCUUGUGACACUUCCGUUAGUGUUUUAAGAGAAAAUCUUUGCAGCCUAGACACAACAAGUGUGAAAAUCCUUAGUCACUAGGCAAGAAUGGAAAUAGCUUCUUUACCUGCUUGAGAGGGGAGUCAAACAGAGUCUGAGGAAGCAUAGCUAUAGCAACGUAGUGUUUGAGAAGAGUGUGCCUGGAGUAAUAGGCCUGCCUAUAAGAGCAUAAAAGCCUGAGAGCUACCCGCGCAACUAAAAGAGUUAACUUCUAGAAUAACCGGGAAAUUAGUAAUAGUAUAACUCUAAUUGUGGGUGGUUCGUUACUUUUGAAGUGGUAAGCAAGUGAUCCUCACAAUUCGUUUUACCUGACUCUACUCUAAUUGUAAGAUAACUAGAAAUAGGAGAUGAGAAAGUCGAGUAGCAGCACUGAUGGGAACAUUUUUUUCAACUAGAAUGGUUGAUAGUCAAAUAGGAGACUCGCGUUGUAGGUAAGGCUUUUCAAAAGCCUCGACUUGGCUAACGCCCUUUGGUUUUGAGGAUCAAUUUGCCCGUGCUUGCUGGUGUCAGGGUUGCAGAUAAGUUGUUUCGGUGCCAUUUCCUUUGUUAUGAAUGAAAGGCAUUUUGGAGAUUUGCUCAGUUGAUACCGAAUUUGAAGAUAAGCCCUUCCCUCUCGUGAACACCUUCGUUUAGUAGAUCGGUACGGUUCCAUUCAGAAGAAACUAUUAUACGUGGUCCCGUGGAGUACGAAUAAGGCUUGAA